AUGAUCAAAGAGUUGCUGGACUCAAGAGUACGGCCAAAUGGUGUGCAGGAGGAUGGUGGUGAUGUUACAUACAUGGGCCGCCGAUUUCUCUCACAGUCUGUACUGCUAGUUCAGGGAUCGUGUACAGGAUGCCCUAGUUCUUCAAUCACAUUGAAGUCAGGGAUUCAAAACAUGUUGCAGUUCUACGUUCCGGAGGUCGGUUUCUCAGUCCUUUAUAGAAACAUCGGAAACUCUGGCAUUGGAGCCGAAAGUAGUUUCAACGCCACUGGUGCUAGUACGCUGGAUGACAUCUCUUAG